AUGGCCGCCUCCCACCCUCAACCACCGUAUCCCUUGCAUGACUCCGUCAAGAACCUUUUGAAUCCUGAAUAUGUCGCUUUCUACAACAAGCAUGUCAUAAACCUUCAGCAAGUGCAUCUUCAGCCCGUCGCUGCAUCUCGAACCAGCGGUGUCUUGAUCCCGGGUGGUGGUCCGUUGCUAGACGUGGGCAAGACGGAAGAUAUCACCAUCCAACGACGGGUUACCGAGGGACCGGAUGUCCAGGUUCGCGUGUUCACGCCCAAGGGCGAGGAACCAAGAGGUGGAUGGCCAGUGAUGUUGUACUUUCACGGUGGAGGAUGGGUACUGGGAAACAUCAACACGGAAAAUACGGUGUGCACGAAUCUCUGCGCGAGGAGUAAUUGUGUAGUCGUCACAGUGGACUACCGACUAGCGCCAGAGCAUCCCUGGCCGGCCGCUGUACACGACUGCUGGGAAGCACUGCUAUGGCUACUCGCAGAGGGUCCCUCGCGACUUUCCGUCAACACCUCCAGAAUGGCCACAGGGGGUUCAUCGGCAGGGGGUAAUCUGGCCUCCAUCAUGACCCAGAAAGCCCUAACGCUUUCGCCUCCUGUCCGGUUUCUGGCACAAUUGCUCUCCGUCCCCGUUACGGAUAACACGGCGACGGUAAGUAAUAACUCCGCAUAUCGGUUAUAUGAACACACGCCCGCGCUCCCCGCAGCCAAGAUGGAAUGGUAUCGGAACCAUUACCUCCCCAACGAGGCCGACCGUAUCAACCCCGAGGCUAGUCCGCUGUUUUACACCGGGGAUUGGUCAUUGUUACCGCCUGCUUUGGUCAUGGUUGGUGAAUUGGAUGUCCUCCGGACGGAGGGAGAAGAGUAUGCGGCGAAAUUGGAGAGCGCCGGGGUUGAGGUAAAUUUGCAGGUGAUGAAGGGAAUGCCGCAUCCGUUUCUGGCUAUGGACGGAGUUCUGGAGGAAGGGAGACGGUCAAUUAACUUGAUGGUUGAGAUGCUGAAUCUGGUUUUCCAUUGA